UGUCAUUCUCACGUGUUGUAAAAUUGUCUUAUAUUCAUAAAUUAAUUGCUACGUGUAUAGUUUGUGAAACAUUACUCUUAUAUUUUAAUUAUCCAUCUGAUUAUGGGUAAAAAGCGAAAACUGGUAACAAAAGCUCCAGCUGCCAGCCAGAAAAAUACUCCAGUAGAGGUUAUUAUUGAAGAUGUAACGAAACAUCCUCUGUGUAUGCAUGGUCCUACAUUAUUGUUUUCUAGUGACAAAGGCCGGUAUUAUGCAUGCGCGUGCUGCAGGAACAAAGAAUGUUCAGUUCACAUCGAAGAGAAGGAUUGGGAAAAGGAAGGUGUAAGGAAACGAAAUGAAAAAUAUUAUAACCUUAUACCUAAAAUUGAUAAAGCCGCUGCUUGGAAAAACUUUAAUGAUGUGAAAUUCAAACAUUCAUCAGAUAGAGCUUACUGCAACACAUGUCAGGAGCUGUACAUAGUAUCACAGAAUAGGAAACAUGUAAAAGACCACAGAGUAGUCACACCAUUAACUGACGAGCAGCUGGUACAACCAUCUUCCUGGCUACCAACCCUGGAGACUGAUACUGUUGAAGCUCAGUAUAUGUUCACUAAGAAAUCAGUUGGAACUGUGUUAGGUAUAUUGAGGAAUAAUAAUAUCAAAAAUAUCCUCUGCAUUGGCACACCAUCAGUUCAUGAAGCAGCUGAAAUGAGUUCCGACUUCACCUCCAUACUGUUGGACUAUGACACCAGACACCACCAGUUCCAACCUCCCAACAAGUACAUAUGGUACAAUAUGUUCAACAACUAUAUGUUCAAUGCUAAUGAAGAUGAGAAAGUCUUGAAGAAAUUCUUCAACAGUUCAAAAGAUGGAGGCUUAUGUGUGGUAAUAGAUCCACCAUUCGGUGGGCGUGUGGAACCACUCGUUCAUACCUUGCGAGAGCUGACUGCUAUGUACAAGGAAGCAAGCAAGAAAGAUGACCUCCCGAUUUUAUGGGCAUUCCCAUAUUUUGCGGAGCCCUAUAUAAGGAAUAUGAUGCCGGAAAUUAAAAUGCACGAUUAUCAGAUUGAAUACGAGAAACACAAGAAGUUCCAAAGUAAUAAGAAAGGUGGCCGCAAAUUCGGAUCUCCCGUGCGGUUCUUCACCAAUUUGCCACUGGCAACUAUUGAUUUAUCCAAUGAUAGCAAGUAUAAGUUGUGCGAAAAAUGCAAAUACUGGGUUUCGGUGUCUAACAAUCAUUGUAACAAGUGUAAGGAGUGCACAAGUAAGAAUGGGAUGACAUACAAACAUUGCAACACUUGUAAACGAUGCGUGAAGCCGACUUUCUUCCAUUGUACGCAGUGUAACCGGUGUUGCCAGCAAAAAGAUCAUGUUUGCGGCGUGACUAUUGAAAGUCAAUCUUGUUACAAUUGUCACGAGAAAGGACACAAGCAGUCAGCGUGUCCGCGCCAGCCAGGAGUCGUGAAUAAAAAGAAAAAACGGAUACAUGCCUAA